UAGCCCGGCACCGGUGGAUGGAGCUCGUCUUCACGAUCCCUAGCUAGUAAGGCUAGGGUUUGUAGGUCGCUCGUUGGGAUUUCUCUAAUCGGCCGCGAUGGUGCUCGCGGAGCUGGGAGGGCGCAUCUCCCGCGCCCUCCAGGAGAUGACCAAUGCCACGGUGAUCGACGAGAAGGUACUGACGGCGUGUCUCAACGAGAUCUCGCGCGCGCUCUUCCAGGCCGAUGUCCAGCUCAAGAUGGUGCAAACCAUGUGUACGAACAUCAAGAAGAUCGUGAAUUUGGAGGAUCUGGCUGCCGGCCACAACAAGCGAAGGAUCAUCCAGCAAGCGGUGUUUAACGAGCUUUGCAGUAUGCUCGAUCCAGGGAAGCCAUCCUUCUCGCCUCAGAAAGGGAAGCCCAGUGUGAUUAUGUUCGUCGGGCUCCAAGGAUCUGGUAAAACCACGACGUGUACCAAGUACGCGUAUCACUAUCAGAAGAAGGGGUUCAAGCCCGCUUUGAUCUGUGCCGAUACGUUUCGAGCUGGUGCGUUCGAUCAACUGAAACAAAAUGCCACCAAAGCUAAUAUCCCGUUCUAUGGAAGCUACACCGAGACGGAUCCUGUCAAGAUUGCUCAAGAGGGCCUGGAAACGUUCAGGGCGGAGAAGUGUGACUUGAUCAUCGUGGAUACGAGUGGCCGGCACAAGCAAGAGGCGGCCUUGUUCGAGGAGAUGCGUCAAGUUGCUGCAGCAACGAGCCCAGACUUGGUUAUCUUUGUAAUGGACGGGAGUAUCGGUCAAGCCGCGUUCGAUCAAGCUCAAGCAUUUAAGCAAAGUGCCUCCGUCGGUGCUGUUAUCAUCACCAAAAUGGAUGGCCAUGCCAAAGGAGGAGGAGCGCUCAGUGCUGUUGCUGCAACCAAGAGUCCAGUCAUCUUUAUAGGUACAGGGGAGCACAUAGACGAAUUCGAGACGUUUGAGACCAAGCCUUUUGUUAGCAGAUUACUCGGUAUGGGGGACUGGGCUGGUUUCAUGGACAGGAUACAAGAGGUGGUGCCAAUGGAUCAACAGCCCGAGCUAAUACAAAAGCUGACCGACGGGAAUUUUACACUGAGGCUUAUGUACGAGCAGUUUCAGAACAUCAUGAGCAUGGGACCUCUCAAUCAGGUAAUGUCCAUGAUUCCGGGCUUCAGCUCUGAGCUAAUGCCGAAAGGCCGAGAGAAAGAGAGCCAAGCCAAGAUCAAAAAGUUCAUGACGAUGAUGGACUCGAUGACGAGCGCAGAGCUGGACAGCACAAACCCGAAGCUCUUCGCGGAGGCGUCGCGGGUGAUGAGAGUGGCGAGGGGAUCGGGGCGGAGCGUGAGGGACGUGACGGAGAUGCUGGAGGAGUACAAGAGGCUGGCCAAGCUGUGGAGCAAGAUGAAAGGCCUCAAGAUCCCAAAGAAGGGAGACAUGAGCGCCAUGGCCAGGAACAUGAACGCGCAACACAUGAGCAAAGUACUGCCCCCGCAGAUGCUCAAACAGAUGGGCGGCCUCGGCGGCCUCCAAAAUCUCAUGAAGCAGUUUGGAGGUGGCGGCCCCAAAGACAUGGGGAAGUAAACAAAGACGCGCCCUGUAAACAAAAAAGGAAAAAAGAAAAAAAUGAUCGCUAGUGCUUUAAUUCCUUGUCAAGCAAGCCGUGGAGCUUAGUGCCACUGGGAUUCCUGCCACUGCUCCAAAAGCAUCAGUCGAUCGUAGAACCUUUUUUCUUUUUGCUAAAACCAGAUUUGCGAGUUUGGAGUU